AAAAGGUUUCAAAAACUGCAAAAAAAGAGAAGAAACAACACAAGUAUAUAUUUCUUGUCACCAUGCCCCGGAGAUAUGCGUUCGGGAGGGCUGAUGAUGCCACCCACCCUGACUCCAUGAGAGCCACCUUAUCAGAAUUCAUUGCCACUUUCAUCUUUGUCUUUGCUGGCGAAGGCUCUUUACUAGCUCUCGGGAAGAUCUACAAGGAUACAGGCAGUACUCCGUCGGAGCUAGUGGCCAUCGCACUCGCGCAUGCAUUCUCCCUCUUUGCAGCCGUGGCAGUCAGCUUGAAUAUAUCCGGUGGCCAUGUGAAUCCGGCCGUCACCUUCGGCACCCUACUAGGCGGAAGGAUCUCCGUUCUCCGUGCCAUCUUCUACUGGAUUGCCCAGCUUUUGGGUGCUGUUGUGGCAGCGCUCUUGCUGAGGCUUGUCACCAACAACAUGAGACCAGUGGGGUUCUACGUAACGUCUGGGGUUGGGGAGUGGCAUGGACUUAUAUUUGAGAUCGUGAUGACAUUCACCCUGGUUUACACGGUUUUUGCGACUGCCAUUGAUCCCAAACGGGGAAGUUUGGGUACGAUUGCGCCGCUGGCAAUCGGUUUCAUCGUCGGAGCGAACAUCCUGGCGGGUGGGCCGUUUGACGGAGCAUGCAUGAACCCUGCCAGAGCUUUUGGGCCGGCUUUGGUCGGGUGGAGAUGGAGGAACCACUGGAUCUACUGGGUUGGUCCGCUUAUAGGAGGAGGGCUUGCAGGACUAGUAUAUGAGUACAUGGUGAUACCCACGGAGGUUCCUCAUCACACCCACCAGCCCUUGGCUCCUGAAGAUUACUAGUUUAAUUCCCUGUUGUUUGUAAUAAAAUUGCAUGUGGUUUGGCCUUUGCUUUAGUUUAAUUGCUAUCUCACAUCUAUGUUUGCUUUUUUAUAUGUUUUGGGUUGGAACCUUCUGAGUUUGUGCAUUGUC